CUCGAUUCAGUCUGCUGCGUACCAGAGACCCUCGAACUGGUGCUAAGCGUGCUAGGCUCUCUCUAGGUUAGCGGUUGAAGUUCUCCAGUCGUUCGUCGAGUUGUGCAUAAAUUUUGUCAGUUUUUACGCUGACUUAAAGCUACCACUGCCGCCAACAUGACGUUCUGGCAGGAGAACUAUGGCUUCGUCAAGGAAGUUUAUGACUUCCGUCUUGCAAAAUACCAAGAAUGGAUGGAUAACUUGGAAGGCAUCGUGAGCAAAGUGCUGUCUCAAAACGUACAGUACACGUACAAGGAGUUCAAGAUCAUCCAGGACUCCCUUACGUCACUAUGCCGCGAUCUGGAGAAGGAAGGCAUGAAGGAGUGGCUGGACCUGAUGCUCGAGAAGGUCGCCAUCAGAGCAUCGGAUGAGGGAGGUCCGUCGUCGAGAGACAAGGAGCUCAGAAAUGCUGAGAAGAAGAAGCUCCAGGCUCUCAUCGAGCGUCACGACAAGCUCAUGCCGCCUACAAUCGAGACUCAAGCCAAGGUAGAGAUGUACGCUCGCUGCUACGCCUACGGUGACGACAUCAAGCCUACCAUGAAGACCCUGGAGGAAAUGCGUCAUCUUUCCAGCAAGGAAAUCCACCCCCACAACAUGAACAUGGUCGAGGAGCAGAUCGAGAAAGCUGAGAAGGUAAUCAACACUGUGGAGAGCAGCCGUGAGCAGUACGAAGAGUUGCUCAAGCGCGGCCAGAAGCUCGUCAAGGGCGAGAACGUCGCGCCGUUCCUCUUCGGCCUCCUCGAGAAGCUCGAGCAAACAUGGGCGGAGGCCAACGAGAAGUCAAAGGCUCGCCUCGAAAUGCUUACCAACUCUGCCAAGGACUGGGAGACCUACGAUGAGAUGCGAAAUGCCAUCAACGAGCCCAUCGAAAAGCUCGAGAAAGACUACAAGAACUAUCGUAAGUUCUACGAUCCCGUCAUGUUCGCUAAGAAGCUCGCAUCUAAGAAACAGGUCUGGGAGGAAUGCAAGAAGCAGUGCGAUGAAAUGUACCAGACAAUCAAGAAAUGCUACAACACCAUCAUCGUCCUGGCUGGUGAUGAGAAGAAGGAGUUCCUUGAUAGAGAAGUGGCUGAGGUCGAAGAGAAGAUGCAGAUCAUCGAGAAGUGCGAGAAGAAGUUGCUCAGCAUGUCCAGUUACAACGACAGGCUCACCGACGCCGUCAACAGAACUAGGGCCCUGCAAGAGUGGGCAUCGCCUUCCAACUCCAAGCUGAAGGAGAUCUGCACGAGCGACACGCUCACCCCCGAGGACCGUGUUAAGGAGAUCCUCAUCCUUCAGGAAGAAGCUAACCAGAAGAGGCCUCUGCUGGAACCCCUCACUGCUGAUUACAAGGCUCUGCUCACAGAUGAAGACCUCGAGAAGUCCGAGACUGCCAAGACUACGCUGGCGGACUUCGAGGAGACCAAGAAGUUCGUCGAGGAAGUCUGUGAUGAUAUUGAGAAGGAAGCCACCUCGAUAUCAGUGGACGAUCGUCUCUACGCCGAUUACUACUGCAUCGUCAAGGAGGCCGGUCCUUGGGUUGACGAUGCCGAGGCUAAGUCUAAGGAGCCGCUGACCAAGCCACAGACCCUUGAGGACGCCUUGGCUCUCCUUGAGAACCUCCAGGCUUUCGAUGGAGUCUGCCUAGAGAACAAGUCGAAGCUGGAAGAUGCAGCGAAGGCGCGAGCCUCCAUGGAGAAGCCCAGCAACACCGAGAACAUGGUUGAGAAGCUCACGCCGCGCUGGGAAGGCGUCAAGAAGGUUUCCGAGGAGCGCAUUGGCAAGAUUGAGACUUUGGUCAAGACUUGGCAGGAGCUGAAGUCCACCACAGAAGACUUGGCCACAAAGAUGUCCGAAGUCCCCAAACAAGAUGAACCCAACAUCGAGGAGCUCGAGAAGGUCUUCACCAGCAUGAAGGACCUCUUCGCAAAGAAAAAGGAGCUAAUUGGAGCCGUCUAAAUAUCCAAGACUCAAUUCCUUGUAUUCGUUUUCAUAUAAACACGUGCUUAUUGGCUGCUUGGUUUCAUAUCUAAUGACGCGAAUCGAAGUGCGUUGUAGAAGAUGUUAUUUAUUAUGCAUAUGUUGAUGCAGCAGCAGAGGACUGACAGCAACAUCUUGGUGCUGAAUACUGAAUAAGAAUAAUUGAUUAUUUAAUUAUCAUGUAUGAAUCCAUUACAGUCAUAGAAUGUGGGUGAACUGUGACUUUUUUGUACCCUUACAUUUUUUGUUUGUGCAUCGUCUAUUUUAUUGUCAGUGAAAGAUGUACGUAUGCAGAGCUGAAUAAAAAAAUAAAAAUUAUCAUUCAUUCAAUUCAAUUCAUAGAUGAAAGCUAAUAAAUUUCAUUAAACGUCAAGUAAAAGACAGAUACAGACGGAUUACACAUUUGCUCAAAUAAAGUUGCCAAAUCGUAUUACCAAGUUUUAUUAAGAUUUUAAAUCCGCGCGUUGAUCGUUACGUGCGCUUAUUUUAAAUCAUUCAAUGUGUUUCAAUUAUUUUAUAAUUAAGAUCCAAUAAACGAUCAAAAACAUU